GCAAGGGUGAGAGAGCGUGAACGUUACGCCCAGAAUUCAAACUUUUAACUUGUUGCGCUUUUUUGAAUAACUUAUAAGUGACUGUUAUCAUUGUAAUAAUAGAAGUGUGGUAGCGUAAAGUGAAUAAAUGAUAAAAUAAAGCUGAAGAUGUUCAGCUGUUGUUCUAUGUAGAGUUGAAGUCUCCAGAAGUUGAAAUCUCCAGCUGAGAAACAAUACACAGGAUCCCCGGCCAAAUAGUAAUUAGGGGGGAGCUAGGACCGGUACACAGGUCAAUAUACAGGGGAGCAUACUCAUCCCUUACCUAUUUCCCCAUUCUAUAGAAACAGACUGGAGAAAUAUUUCGUCAAACCAUGGUUUCGAAAAAAAGAGAUUUUUUGAGAUUUAGUGAAACACUGGUGGCUUUUUACUGGUGAAGAACUAAGAAAGAUUGCGUGCCCGAGAAGUUUACCCAAUGGUAAAACAGAGACUGGAGUUAUGGGGAAAAGAAGAACACAAAAUACCUGAAAAAUGUUAAAUCAAGGCAGUCUACCGAGCUGCUAUAGCAGUUCUUCGAGCUGUAACAGCCACGACAGCUGUAACAGACAUAAUAAUUCCAAACUCAGCAAUAGCCAUCACAGUCGUGUUGGAUACUAUAGGAGUAAGAAAAGACUGACCCUAAGGCCCCUAGAUGGGCUGAGAACAUUAUUACCCCUAAGCCUAGGAUCUACUUGGAGAAUGUUUAUCCUUCUCCUACUAUUCUCUAGCCUUACUUUUUCAACUGCUGAAUAUGUGAAGAACUUUAAAAUUACGGAGGGAGUUCAAAUCGGCAGUAGAAUAGGCUUUAUCGGCGAAACCGAGCCCGGUCGACCGAAACCACCAUCACCACCCUAUCUAGUUGUCCCGUCGGCCGAUUCGCCGAUCGACGAGGAUCUUGACAUCGACCAGAACACCGGAGAGGUUCGGACGAAUGUUGAGUUAGAUCGAGAGAAACGUGCUCGGUAUAGAUUUAGUGCAAUCCCACUUAGUGGAGAAGGAGAAAAUAUCAAGGUUAAUAUUGAAGUAGAAGAUCAGAAUGACAACAGUCCUACCUUCUCUCAAUCCAAGAUUACGAUAGGUCUUCCAGAAAAUUCUCCUAAGGACUCAAAAAGACGAUUACCACCGGCCGUCGACGCCGAUCUUGGUAUUUUCAACACCCAGCGUUAUGAAAUCAUCUCCGGGAACCGUCAAAACUCGUUCCGGUUGUCGACCCAGCGGGACAAGGACGGUAGGUUGAUGCUGGACCUGAUCGUGAACGGGUUCCUGGACAGGGAGGUGAUCAGCUCCUAUACUCUGAGUAUUGAGGCCCAGGAUGGAGGGAAUCCAACUAGAAAAGGACUGUUGACUGUAGAAAUAAAUAUUCUGGAUUUAAACGACAAUGCUCCAGUAUUCAAGGAGCAACGGUACUACGCGUCUAUUCCUGAGAAUUCCACUGUAGGAUCUGAAAUCAUCACUGUAUCCGCCCUAGACCCAGACGAAGGGCCCAAUGGCGACGUAACCUAUUCCAUCAACCGUCGACAAUCUGACAAUCAAGAGCUCUUUGCUAUUGACACACUAAGUGGACUCCUGACCGUGAACAAGCGGCUCGACUUUGAGUCGAAAGAUCAACAUGAACUUGUUGUUGUUGCGAAGGAUAACGGUGACGUACCUCAAGAAACGACAGCUUUUAUCACCGUUAAGAUAACAGAUAUUAACGACAAUCAACCGAAGAUAAACGCUGUUUACAGGACGCCGACAGGCAGGCCCGAGCUCCGGGAGGACGCGCUGAUUGGUCAGAAAAUCGCCGAUAUUACGGUAACCGAUCCUGACGAACCAACACAGAUUGCGGAUUUUGACGUUACUUUAAGCGGCUCGGAUAUGGGAUAUUUCAGCCUAGAACGACAACGAUCCGGAUACAGCCUAGUUCUUGCAAGACGGAUAGACAGGGAGGAAACAGAUAAGAUAUCUUUAACCCUUGAAGCUUUGGACGACGGAUUCCCCCCUCUCAGAGCAAACCUGGAGCUAACACUCAGAAUUCUGGAUGUGAAUGAUAACAGUCCUGUGUUUGACUCUGUUGAGUAUGAAGGUAGUAUCCAAGAGACUGCUACGCCUGGGACUAGUAUUCUCCGGGUUCUAGCAGAAGACCAGGAUACAGGGGAGAAUAGCAGGAUAAACUACCGACUAGAGAAUAGUGCAUUGACCCACUCUGACUGGUUUACUAUAGAUUCUGAGACUGGCCUAAUAUCCACUAGAACUAAGAUCGACUGUGAGAUAGACCCUGAACCUAUUCUUGUCGUUGUCGCUACAGACAACGGAAACCCUCGUCGCAGUUCUAGCGCGACCGUGAGAAUCGGCGUAGAGGAUGUGAACGACAACGAGCCAAGGUUCGACAGUGUGUUCUACAACGUAUCCCUGAAGGAGUCUGUGGAGUCGGGCACCUGUUUUAUCAGGGUAAAUGCUGAAGAUUCAGACUGUGGAGUAACAUCAAAGGUGUCCUAUCGGCUGGGUGAGGUUGAGCCAAGGUUCCGGGUAGACCAGGAUACUGGAGAGAUUUGUCUCCAGACAAACCUGGAUUUUGAGACGGAUACAUUCCAUCAUCUAACCAUUGUCGCUGUAGACAGGGGUGGAUUGUCCUCUACGUCAAUGGUUGGAAUAACAGUUGAGGAUGAUAAUGAUAAUAGUCCUCAGUUCAACCCUAGGGAAUAUAGCGGGAGUGUUGAAGGAGAAGGCCAGGCUGGUGAUCAUAUUCUCAGAGUAUCAGCUGUAGAUAGAGAUUCAGGAGACUGGGGACAGGUGACCUACUCUAUCAGCAAGGGUAACCAAGAAGGCCUAUUCCUGCUGGAUGAAAAGGGAGGUGUUCUAUCUCUAGCACGUUCUCUUAAGGAUGCUCAAGGAACAUUUAAACUUGAAGUGUCAGCUGUAGACGGGGGCGGGACAUCAGCCCCACAACCAGCUCUUUUAUCAAUCAACAUAGCGCCUCAAGACACACCCUCAACUCCACCCUUAUGUAUCGAAAAAUUGCACCAGUUUUCUAUUGAGGAGGACGCAAUAAUUCGCUCGGAUGUCGGUAAAGUUCGCACAAACGUAAAAAAUCCGCGAAUAUUUUUCUAUUCAGAAAACGCGCAAAGUUAUUUUGACAUAGAUUCUCAGUCUGGCCUGAUCUCAACUAAGAUGGAGCUUGAUCACGAGACAAAUCCAAGAUUUCUUCUAAAUAUCGGAGUCGAAGAUGAUGUCUCCGGUAUGACCGGAUACUGCCAGGUCCUUGUUAACAUAAUCGACAUUAACGACAACGCUCCCAGCUUUGGUCCCACCCUGGGCUUGAUCACCAUUCCUGAAAAUUCUCCUGCCCACACUCUGGUGUUCGCUAAGCAGGCUCGGGACAGAGACUCCGGUGAGAACGGAAGAGUUAACUAUAGGAUAAUCAAGGAUACAGGGGUAUUCACUGUGGAUGAGAAUACAGGGGUGGUUACAACCCUACAGGAGCUAGAUUAUGAACAGAUGGAACAGCAUGAGGUUCAGCUGGUGGCCUACGACAAUGGUUCCCCCUCCCUCUCCUCCAGCUUUUCUAUCAAUAUUCUCGUUCAGGAUGAAAACGACCACGCCCCUGUGUUCUCUAAGCCCUCCUACCAGCUGACAGUCGAGGAAACCCUGCCAAAGGAUUCUCAGCUCCUUCCCCUUGACGCUGAAGACCUGGAUGGAGGAAAAAAUGGUCGACUACGAUUUUCUAUAAUUGAUGAGUCUGAGUAUAUCUCUAUCCUACCAACCAGUGGUAUUCUAUACCUGAGUAAAGAACUGGAUUAUGAAACCAUCAACUCUAUCUCCUUCACUGUAAAGGUUGAAGAUGAAGGUACCCCCCCUCUAUCUGAUGUUUGCAGUGUAGACAUCAGGGUGGUGGACUCCAAUGAUAAUGCUCCUAUAUUCUCUAAGGAGGAGUACUCCUAUAUAGUUGAGGAGAAUACAGGAGUUGGAUAUAAAAUAGGAGUUAUUCAGGCAACAGAUGCAGAUAGUGGACAAAACGGAGAUAUUUCUUAUAAGUUUAAGAGAAGCACAGAUGUAUUUCAAAUUGACGAAAAGAAUGGUGAGAUCCGAACUGUUGUGAACCUGGACCGAGAAGUGGAAGAUGAAUAUAUUCUUGAGGUUGAAGCUGUAGAUUCAGGAAUACCUAGAUUAACCAGCUCAGCUACUCUUCAUAUACAGGUUGAGGAUCUGAAUGACAAUGCUCCCGUGAUAGUUGAUCCAGUAGUGACUGUUCUAUCCGUGCAAGGUAGAGCUCCUCCUGAUACUCCUAUAGCUCGGAUACUAGCUACAGAUCCAGAUCUAGGAGACGGAGGGAACCUAGUUUAUACCAUAGACAACGAUGGUGGAGCUGGUCAUGAUGUUCUGAGUAUACAUCCAACCACUGGUCUUCUAUCUACAUCUUCCCUUCUAGAGUAUAAUCCUCAUAAUAUAACAGUUACAGUCAGAGUUCAGGAUCAAGGUUCUCCUAGUUUGAGUUCUAAGGUUUGGUAUACUGUCAAUAUCUUAAGAGAAAGAGAUACAAGUCUACCCUUUGCUCAAACAAACCUUAUUCUACAGGUGUCAGAGACUGCUACGCCUGGGAGCAGGGUGGGAAGUGUGAAACCUAAUCCAACCAACCUGGAUCUAAGCACAGCAUGGUUUUCUAUAUCAGGAGGAAACGAGGACGGAAUGUUUGAUAUUGAUAAUUACAACGGUAUCCUAGUUGUUCUUAAACCCCUAAGGUUCAGCUCCAGGAAGGAGUUUAACCUAAGAGUGUCUUUAAACGACGAGGUGUACGGAAUGUCCCGUGAAAUCAUCAAGGUUAAGAUUAUCAUCACUGAUGUCAACGGUAUCAGCCCUAUAUUCUCAACUAGCCCCCUGGAGCUUAAUGUGCCUGAAAACACGGCUAUUGGCACUCCCAUACAGACAAUUAAAGCCAAGGGUAUGGACAGUGCUGGUAAUGGGACUAUUCGCUACUCACUGUUGGAACAAUUCCCGCAGAAUUUUUUCCGGAUUGAUUCGCUGUCUGGAGAACUGUAUCUGAUUCAUGAACUAGAUUUUGAAUCUACUGAGAAAGUGUUUAUGACCUUGCGUGCCACCGACAGUUCAUUUGCCGUGGAGGGGAGAAAAACGUCUGAUGUAUCAGUUAUUGUUCAUGUUGAGGAUACUAAUGAUCAUGUACCCACGUUUGUUUCAACAAAACGGAAGGAGAUUCAAGAAGGAAUUGAAAUUGGAGUUCCGUUCCAUCGCGUUCUAGCUGUAGAUGGUGACUCCAAGGAUGCCGGAGACGUGAGUUAUCUGAUUGAAGGAGGGAACAGUGAUAACGUCUUUCAUCUUGAUGCAUCCACUGGACUACUAUCCAUCAAAGAACGUCCUACCCGGUCUAGCUACCAGUUAACUAUUAAAGCUGAGGAUAGCGGUGUACCGAGAAAGUAUAGCAGUCAGAUUCUCCAGAUAGGUGUAGUAGAGCAGAGUAAUGGUCCGCCUAAAUUCACACAAACUGUUUACAGAGCAGAGGUAAUGGAGCAUUCCGAGCCCGGGACCCUGGUUAUUGCUGUACAGGCGGAAAAACAGGGUUCAGGAUCAGACAUUAUCUACUCCAUGGAUACCAGCGUGUCCAGGGGAUUGUUUAGGAUUGAUGAAAGAUCUGGAGAUAUAGUCACUAUGGGAGAUCUUGAUAGGGAGGAAAGGAAUGAAUAUAUAGUUACCGUAUACGUACAUGAUUCCAACACCCAACCUAAUUUCGACACUGCCACAGUUCUCAUCAAGAUCUCAGAUGAGAAUGAUAAAACCCCAAGAUUUGUGGAUUCCUGCAAUCCGCUUUUUGUUCCUGAGAACACAGAUCUGUCAGCAUUACAUUAUUUCAUAGCGGUAGAUGAGGAUGAAGGGCCAAAUGGAGAAAUAACCUACAGCAUCGUGGGCGGGGACGAGGGAAAUAAAUUCUCUCUGGAUGCACACACUGGACAACUGUCUGCAGCUCCACUCGACCAUGAGGAGCAUUCAUCAUAUUCUCUCACCAUCAAGGCGGAAGAUCAAGGAAACCCAAGAAGAUCCAGCACAUGUGAAACAACCAUCAGAGUUAUUGACAGGAAUGACAAUGAUCCUGUGUUUCUUGAAACUAAAUACAAGGCAAGAAUCAGUGAAAAUGUAGAUGUUGGAACUCCAGUUAUGAGUGUAACUGCUACAGAUGCAGACUCAGGACAGAAUGCUAAGAUCUCUUAUUCUAUACAGAAUGGUACGGAGUGGAUCUUUGGUAUCGACAAGGACACCGGAGAGAUCUACACCACGGCCAGGUUGGACAGGGAGAAAAAUGAGGAGUAUAAUCUGCUGAUUAUGGCGGUGGAUGAAGGUAUUGAGGAUACAAGGAUGGCAUCUACUACUGUCAGUAUAACUCUGCAGGAUGAGAAUGACAAUGAACCUGAGUUUGACGAAUAUCCCUUCAUGGCCCAGAUACUCCCGGAGCAUCCUGUGGGUUCGCAAAUAACUAAAGUAACUGCUAAGGACAAGGACAAGGGACAGAAUGCCAAUCUUAAAUACUCAUUUUUAAACCAGGAGGAUGCGGAAAAGUUUUCAAUUGACGCAGUGACUGGGAUAAUUUCCUCCCAGCAAAAUCUUGUAACAGAUGAUGGAGGGAUGUUUCAUAUCGAGAUCCUGGUAACGGAUGGUGGUACUCCUAGUCUCAGUUCUACAGGGCUGGUGGAGAUAAAGAUUGGACAGCAACCUAGCGUACAACUCAACUUCCAGCAGAAACUUUACGAAUCCCAAAUCUCGGAAGAAUCUAAAAUCGGCGAAGAUAUUUUGCAAGUGCAGGCAGUUCGUUCAGAUGGACGAAUUCAGAGGGUUAUCUACACUUUCGGCCAGGGGAACCAGGACGGAAUAUUUGAAAUCAAUUCAAACAAUGGGUUGAUCCGGCUCAAAAAUCCUCAGUUCAUUGACUAUGAGAGAAAACAGGAGUACAAAGUGACAGUACUGGGACAUGCUGCAGGACAAGAGCAGCUGUACGCCUACGCCGAGUGCAAAAUACGAGUAAAGGAUGUGAAUGACAAUGAACCAAGGUUUACACAAAAUGUCUACUUUGCUCGUGCCUGGGAAGGAAAUAACAAGGGAACCUUUGUUACCCAAGUAAUGGCCGUGGAUGGAGACAGUAUUGAGAAUGAACGUCUAUAUUAUCAGAUUAUUGAUGGAAAUCAUGAUGGGGCGUUCACAAUUGAUCAACAAUACUCUGGAAUCAUUAAAACCAAUAUUGUUCUGGAUCGAGAGAUUAGAGAUUCCUACGAGUUAAAAGUGACUGCAACGGACGAGGGUUCUCCGCCCAAGACAGGAUAUACCAAGGUUAUCGUGAAAAUAAUUGACAUCAACGAUAACCAGCCGCAGUUCCCUCCAAGCACACCCAUUACGAUAUCUGAAGGAACGGUUGCUGGGACCAGGAUAGGGACUAUACAAGCUAACGAUAUAGAUAGUCAUCCACACCUUACAUACUCAUUUGUCAACCCAUCUCCAGGCUCAUCCAUCAAUCCGUCGGAAUCAUCAGUUCAGACCUCGGAAUUCUUCAGUAUUGAUAAAUUUAGCGGAGUAAUCAGCCUGGCCAAGAAGGUUGAUCGUGAAGCUACGGACAGGUUUAUUGUUGAGAUUGCUGCUUCCGACGGAGCUCACACUGUUCAGACCAGCGUUGAAAUACUUAUUGAGGAUGAGAAUGAUUCUGCUCCUGUAUUUGAGAAACAGGUUUAUACUGGAGUAUUCUCCUCUAACAUGACCCUCCCUGCUCCUAUGGUUUCUGUUCGAGCAGAGGAUAAAGAUUCAGGACGGAACGGAGAAGUGAAAUAUAAACUGAUUGGAUCAGAUAUUGGAUAUAUCGAUGAAAAUGGAACAAUAUAUGUAAAUAACACAUCAGAUAUAGAGCAAGGUACGGAGAUACAUCUUGUUGUAUCCGCUGAAGAUCUAGGUUCCCCUCCUCAACAGUCCUUUGUAUCCGUCCGUCUACUAAACCUUCAACAUUCAGAGACCAGUCCGCAAUUCCAUCAGCAGGAAUUUGCGGUAAUUAUAGACCCUAGUGCAAAAAUUGGCAGUAAACUUGCAAAUCUGGAGGUUCCAUUCUCCGGAGGCAAUCUAUUCUACUCCUUAGCUCCUGGUAGUAAUAAUCCCUAUGUAGAGUUGGACAGUUCUACUGGGACCCUGAUACUAAAGAAAAGGAUCGAUGACCCGAAACUAAUUCCUAAAACCUUGGACGCAACAUUAAGACGAGACAAUAGAAUAGGGGAUGAGACGAGCGCAAGCAUAAUCCUCAAUUUAGGAGAUCUCGCCGACUCGGCGGAUUUGUUUGAAAGGAAAUAUUAUGACGUAAACCUGUCUGAAAACACAGGAACAGGGAAGGAGAUAUUUGGUGUACCCGGGCCCCAGCUAAACUAUCAUCUUAGAAUAGCCUCCGGGAACAUAAACGAUACUUUUGAACUAUCAUCUGUAAAGGCGGGUUCAUUAUUGCUCAAGAAAUCUUUGAACUAUGAAACCCAGAAGGAGUACAAGUUGAUACUUCUUGGUACCAUUGCUAACCGUUUUGACAUCGUUACAGUGGUUGUUAAAGUCCUGGAUGAAAAUGACAAUUCUCCGUUCUUCCCAGUAAACAAGCAGAUUCACUCAAUCAAAGAGAAUUCCUCCCCAGGCAGUUUAGUAUUUGUAGCUCAGGCACAGGACCUUGAUAUCUCAGAUUCUCUACACUACUCUAUCAAUAGUGAUGAAUUCACGAUCGGAGAAACAAAUGGUCGUGUCCUUUCCAAGCGCGUGUUUGAUUAUGAGACCGAACAGGAAUUUAAUUUCAACCUCAUGGUCACAGAUAGUGCAGGAGCUAAAGCUUCUGCAGAUGUCAUAAUCAAGAUUGAGAGCGUGGAUGAAUACUAUCCAGCGUUUGAAUCUCCAUCCUACCAGUUUACCAUAGAUAGAUUAUACCCUGCAGAACAUAUCCUGGGACGGGUUAAAGCUGUUGAUCAGGAUGCCGGAGCUAGUGGUAGAGUUGUGUACAGCCUCGCAAGUAAUGAUGGAUACUUCAAAGUUAAUGCAGAUACCGGAGAAAUCCUGGUUUCUAGGAACCUAGAUAUGGGGUUGGUUUCUUCCGAUUUGGGAUCAAACAGACAGUUCCAAGAUGUGAACUAUCUGGUAUAUGCGAGCACAGGAAGAGAAGACAGUUUAAAAACCUCAACCCUUGUAAUUUUCCAAGUAAAGAUCGACAUCCUCCCUCCCGCCCCACUUCCCUCCACAGAAAGCGGUAUUGCAACAUGGGGACAAGGAUUAAUCAUCGCCUUCGUAUUUAUCCUUGUCAUUGUCGGAGCUGGGAUAUUCUUCUUUAAACGCUUCUCAGUCAAUAAAUUUAUUCAGAAGCGUUUAAUAGAUCCGAGCAGUCCAGCUGGACUUCCAUACACAAACUCGAUAAACGACACGAGUACUAUGGACAGUACAGUACCGAUGUCCCAGUACCCCCCGCAGUACAGUGAUAUUGUAUCCCAGUAUGGGCACUCACAUGGAAAAUCUGGUCAGACCCGGCCGGGCCGGUUAACUCAGUCAGAACUAUCCGAGCAGAGCCAUCGCUCAGCGAGUAGUGGACGGGGGUCAGCAGAAGAUGGAGAAGAGGAGGUGGAUCAUGAGAUUCAAAUGAUCAACGGAGCAGGACUACCAACUCUGAAUGAUACUUGUAUUGCUGAGGAUAGCAUGAGUGAUAUCAGUGUACAAAAUGGCAAGGAGUAUCUGGCUAGGCUUGGUAUAGAUACAAGACCCCCUCAUCUCUCCCAUACCUCCUCAUACCAAACCCUAGAGGGACAUCAAGAUCUUUAUAACAGAUUACAGGAUACUGAUGCCCUGUCUGAAAAGAACAGUAUGGUGUCAGGAAAUAAUUCAGUUUAUGCGAGAACAGGUCACCCUGUAUCCAUGACAGGGUCUAUAUCUAGUAUGGUGCACAGUGAAGAGGAGGUUGCAGGAAGCUAUAACUGGGAUUAUCUCCUAGAUUGGGGACCACAGUACCAACCUUUACAACACGUUUUCCAGGAGAUUUCUAGUUUGAAAGAUGAAGGAUCUCAAUCUGUAGGUAUCCAUGUACCUCCUCUCCUAACCUCCCUCCCACCUAGACACGCCCAUUCAGUCUCAACACAUCCCCGCUCACCUGUCUCCCAGGAGAUGCUGCUUGGCUCCGCCCUUUCUCCAAAUUUCUUGCCCGCCCUCUCACCCUUAGCUACCCGGUCACCGAGUAUAUCUCCACUAGGACCCAUGACCGGUCCGGUACGGGGUGUUACUCGGACAGUUCAGCAGCCGAGAUAUCAGUCGUCUUUGCAUUCUGAUUAUGCAGAGGCAGCAGAGAAUGAACUAAGAAUUUAAGUACAAAAAAUACAAAGUUAAAACCCAUUUUUACGUUGAAUUUCUCACAACCUCGGCUAAUAAGUGAAAAUAUAGAUAGUUAAAGAUCUAAUUUAAUUGUGAUAUAUUUAAACUGCAGAACAGAGCAGGACUUUGGACAUUUAAGGCAUCUGUUCACAGUUUUAUCUUGUGUAAUAGAAAAUUUUAAAAUAUGAAUAUUCAGCUGUGAUAACUAUUCGUAAUUUAUACAUUUCAAUCUUUGUAAUGUUUGCCAUUAGCAUGAUUCUUAUGGUUACCAUUCCACAGUAAUUGUGUAGCCCCCUCUUAUACAUACAGGGUUUCCAACAAAGAAUGAGUCUUCAGAGACGAUUGUACUGACAGUUUCCUUAUAUUUACGAUUCCCUUUAGAACGACUUUAUUAAACGCAGAAUACUUAUUUUUACCUUGAUAACGUCGAAUUCAAAUAGUUUUAGGUCGUCUUUACAGUCUCAUUCUGUGUGGUUCACCCUAGGUACAAGCAUAUGUUAUAUGUGUUACCAAUUAGUAUUCAUCCAUGUUUUAUAUAAAGUUGUGCCAACAUUUUGGAAAUGGUGACUCAAUUUUCUUGUAGAAUCUCUAAUACUCUAUUGUUGUUGCUACGAUCAAAAUAAAUGUUACCUGACCUUUA